AUGCGUAUAGCAGGACGAAUUUUGAUACUUGCUGGCCUUAUUAUUACAGUGGUUUCAGCUCUUUUUUGUAUAAUUGGUUUAUCUACAAAAGGAUGGCGUGGUAGUACUGGUUUGUUCGACAAUGGAAUGUACAAAUCAACAGCUGCUCUUUCUGUUAUUUCAUUUAUUCUUCUGAUUAUAACUAUUAUAGUUCUUGUCUUGCAAAUGUUCGAUAUGUUAACUGGUGUUCUUCGAUUAGUAUCAAUUAUUUUAUUAUUUAUUGCAACUAUUUUUUUAUUAGGAACACUUGCAUCAAUUUUAGAACAAAGUUUAGGUUACUCAUUUGAUCUAAUGGUAGUAGCUCAUUUCUGUUCAUAUGUAGCUUUAGCUAUAAUAGCUUUUUGGCUUGGUCAAUCAAGUGUAGAAUCGAGUUCUACAGGUUAA